AUGAGAGUUCUCAAGGAGAAUGGGGAUACUGACUACGGAAGGAAGUUCAAGCUCAAGAACAUCGUAAGCGCAGAGGAGUUCCGAAAACGUCAUCCGUUGACGACCUACGAAGAUUACAAACCUUAUGUCGAACGGGUAAUGGCUGGAGAGCAAGGUGUGAUGACACAGGUGAUGCCGAAUGCAUUUAUACAGACCUCGGGUACGACAGGUCCCUCAAAGUAUUUCCCACAGAGAGAUCACAGGCUUGUAUUGACAAGAUGGCUGGAUGUUGUGUUUACCAGUCUGUAUGAAGUAUGCCCACGUUUAGGGAUACUCCAGAAGAAAAUGUUCCACUACGUUCAGCCAGUAAUAUCUCGGGCAAAAAGUGGAGGGAGUAUUCGUCCAGGCAUAUCGUUGUACGAAGAUGGCUUUAUGGCAUCCUGCUACACAACACCGCAUGCAGGUUUCCGUAUUCAGUCCUUCAAAGAGGCAAAUUACAUCCAUCUCCUUUUUGCUCUCCUCGAUCCAAACCUGGGUGUCAUAUAUGCAGUUUUCAUUGGUGCCAUUGAUAAUGUAAUGAAGCAACUUGAGCAAUGUUGGGAGGACAUUGUGUAUGAUAUCGAGCAUGGAACAAUCAAUGAGAAGGUUAAGUUCGACGAUGCUGACAUCAGAUCCUUACUUGAACAGGCUCUUGGCGGAGGUCACCCGGAGAGGGCGGGCGAGCUCAGAAGUCAAUUCGUAAAAGGGUUUGACGGCAUCAUGAAAAGGGUGUGGCCAAACCUUGAGGUGCUGGUAGCUGUGGAAAACGUCGGAAUCUGGCCGAAUCUAAAAGCAAAAUACGCAAAAGGUAUACCACUUGUCAACUUUGGAUACGGAACAUCUGAAGGAAUGCAUCAAGGGUUAAACCCAGGAUCUCUGUGA